AUGGAAGAUUAUCAUAAGAAGAAAAAAGUGGUGAUGAAAGAAAUUCAUAUUCAGACCGAACAAAUAUUGGACAAAAGUGUCCGCAUCCAGACUGAGCCAACAUCAGUCACGCGUGAUCGACAGCAAGUAAAGAGGAAAAAUGUUCGCGUUCAGACUGAGCCAACAUCAGUCACGCGUGAUCGACAACAAGUAAAGAGGAAAAAUGUUCGCGUUCAGACUGAGCCAGAAUCAAUUACCUUCGACGAUCAAGUGUCCAAUGAUCGGGGAUACUUUAUGAGAAGAGAUGGCGAGAUUCAGAGUAUAUCAUUGCACCGGUUUGAUAGACUAAAUUUGAACUUGAAUAGAGAAGAAACACUUGAUCCAACACAAGUGGCGGUUACAAUGGAGAGCUCUGAUAACGCACCAGACGGUGCUAUGAUAAAAAAUCGUCGAAUCGUAGAAAUAAUCAAUGAGGAACAAAAUGCGACUUCGAACAUCAUGAAUGAUAUAAAAACAGAACCCGAUCCUAUUGUGGGAUAUGCCAAAGAGCCUGUAUUACCACUUUCCAAAGCAUGUGCACCACUGAUCCACAUCAUCCACAAUUUAUUGUUCUACGUGCAAAUGGCUCUCGACAAAACUUCAGAACAGCCACCCAAUGGACUAACGGUCGACGAGAGCGCUGCCAUUCGCCUCUACACGAGCGAAUGGAAAGGAGAUCAUCGAAGUCUCUAUUGGAUGCUCAAUCGCACCCUCAAGGUAGCCAAUCGCGAGAGUCUUCGUCCCUAUUUCAAAUAUAUGAAACUGCUCGUGACUGCCAUCGUCAAAUUACCAUGCGUUUCACCAUCAACCACCAUCUGGCGAGGAGUACCCAAAGAUAUAAGCGUCGAAUUUCCUCCCGGCAUUCUUGUGACAUGGUGGGCAUUUUCAUCGUGUACGACAGCAUUGCCGAUACUAGAGAACAACAUGUAUUUAGGUAAUACUGGUAAUCGAACAUUAUUCUCCAUCAAUGCCAUCAAUGGUCGAUUAGUACAUGCUCAUUCAGAUUUCGCUACUGAAGAUGAGGUUCUGCUCUUGCCCGGCACUCAAAUGAUAGUUCAGUCACAAUUCAGUCCAGCAUGUGAUCUUCACAUCAUUGAUUUGAAACAGUUCAUACCAGAGCAAGUGCUUCUACAACCGCCAUUCCCAGCCAAUGGAGAGCGAUAG